UACUUGGUUGCUAUAGCAACGGACCGACGCGGCUGUCUCGACCGAAAUUAGCUAUCUUUAGCGGUAGCUAAGUGUUUACAAAGGACUAAAGAAGUGUUUGAGUUGCAGAUGGAGACCUCACGGAGUAGAGAUGGCAGAGGACUGUGGAACAACCCCAGAGCCACCCAGUACAGCAAGGAGACCCAGGAUCUGCUGAGAUUAAUGAUGCAGGAAUCAAAACUCACCAACCUCCAGAGAAAACAGAUCAACGAAUGCCUCAAGAAUGGAGCUGCUCUACCACUGACCUCUGAGUCCACAUCACCAGCUUCUGCCCCUCAGCCUAAAACCAGUAAAUCUGUUCAGAAACGUCUGCCAGGCAAUCCUCAGAGACGCAGCGCUGAAUCUUGUCGCUCUGGGAACAGCUAUGUCAGAGAAAAGUUCCAUCCUGGUCCUAUAAGGGACUCGGAGAAAGAGAAGAGGAGGCUUCAGAACAUAUUGGCAACGGGAAAAGAAGAGCCAACAGUUGCAGCUUUCCAAAAUGUUCGUGCAUGUCGGAACCUAGAAGUGGCAGAGCAGAAAGACGAGUAUCAGGAAGUUCUGGAUGAGAUAGAGGAGAGAAGACAGUUUCUGGCAGAUAUGACCUCUCUGGGUCUGGAGAAGCAGUACAUCAACAUCAUCACCACUGAGAUAUCACAGAGGAUUCGAGAACUGCAGGUGUUGGAUAAGGCCCGCAGUCCCAACAAGGAUGAAAUGAUGUCUGAGAGGAAAGGGGAGACUGCAGAACAGAUGACAGAAACAAUGGAUUUGAAAGAGACCGUAGGAGAGAAGACUCACUGCCACUGACUGAGCACUUGGAAAUGACUUGGAAAUCAGGUGCAAGCAAUACAACCUCAAAUUCAGAUUAUGAAUGGGUCGAGUUAAGUGCGACAUAAUGAAUUUGGUAGUAAUGUCUGCAAAGAGGUUUCAGCUGACCCGCUGCACAGCAGUGAAGACACAACUGUGGCAUCAUGCUGUGAAAGCAUUAAACUUACAAGAAACAUGAA